CGAGAGGGGAGGGUUUCAGCUAAUGGAUCGCGCGGAGGCAUCGUCUGUGGAUUGGGCAUCAGUUCACGGGUGAACUGUUCUAAUCUGUUCGGAGAGGAAGCAAGUGUUGAUGCUAGGUGCGGUGGGUUGUCCGCGUUCAGCGAGAGCGAGGGCGACAACACUAAAAAAAUUGAGAAUGGAGGCCACCAAUCUCGUGCUGAUGGUCACCAGGAAGCUAUUAUUUGCGAUAGAGCAGAAAGUGCAGAUGUAGGUUCUGCUCAAUCUACAGGAAAGGCUGAUCCUCAGGCCCCGGGGUGGACGAAGAGGGUAAGAGUUGGUAAACAGCUUCUAGACAAAGCUCCGUGCGCUGAAAGAGUAGGAGCGCUGGAGAAGACCAUCAGGGGCUAUGCCAAAACACUUGGGGAUCGUGUGGUUGAGCCAUCAGUUGGUCUAACGUUCGACUCCUUGGGCGAGGCGUACGAUUUUUUCAAUUUGUAUUCCUGGGAGCUGGGUUUCGGCAUAAGGUACGGCAAGAGCAGGCUUAAUUCAGAGAAGACAAAAUGCAUGCAGGAGGUUGUCUGCGGGUGCUGUUGUCUGCGGGUGCUCGGUGAGUAUGCUUGUUGUGAAACUGUCUUUCCAAUCAUGCUAGGGAGCUAAUGGGUGGUGGUUAGCACUGUAUAUCUAAUGUAUGAUGUUGUGCCAAUUGUCAUGGUAAACCAACGAAGCAUAACAGCCGUUCAUGUCGUUGCUAGUGCCCAGCAAUGAUAAGGCUGCUCUGGACAUCUGACAAUGGCUGGUACAUCAAGAGCACAGGGCAAAUCAUAACCAUGCUUUGACGCAAACAUGUGGUGAGAAGGUAAAUUGGCCAUCCCAUAAACAUAUAGAUGCAUACACAAGGGAUUUGGUUAAGCAGCUUAGGCAGGACAACGUAAAUGUCACAAAGGUGUACAGUAUAAUUUCAAGCUUCUUCGGUGAUGCAAACAAAAUGCCUUUUACUAAAAGAUCACUGCGAAAUUUGUGCGGUAAGAUAAAUAGGGAGCAGGCAGAGGAUGAUGUUAGGAAAACAAUUGAUGUGUUUGCUGACAUAGCUGCGAAAGACCAGGAGUUUGUUUUCAGAGUGCAGCCAGAUAAAGGAUGUAGGAUUAAGAAUUUGAUGUGGGCAACUGGUAGCAGCCGGAACCAAUAUAUUUAUUUUGGUGAUGUUGUUACAUUUGACACAACAUAUAGAACAAAUCUGUACGAUAUGCCAUUCGGGCUGUUCGUUGGGGUGAACAACCAUUUCCAGAGCAUUGUGCUGGCGGGUGUGCUUCUCCGUGAUGAAUAAGCUGAGAGCUUCGAGUGGGUUUUUUCAGAGUUUGUUAGAAUGAUGGGAGGGAAGGCUCCCUUGACAAUUUUGACAGAUCAAUGUCGAGCAAUGGAGAUUGUGAUCAGGAAUGUGCUACCGACAACCACGCAUCGCUGGUGCAAGUGGCAUGUGCUGAAGAAGUGCAAGGAGACACUGGGUCCAAUGUACACGAAACAGAGUGACUUCCGAGCAGAGUUUCACAAGGUUGUCAUCCACAUGUUGACAAUUAACGAGUUCGAGGACGCUUGGAAAAUGCUAAUAGAGAAAUACAGUUUACAGAGUCACACAUAUAUGACCCAAGUCUAUGAGAUAAGGGAGAAAUGGGCUAAGCCUUAUUUUCAGGGGGUAUUUUGUGCGAAAAUGACUAGCACGGAGAGGAGUGAAAGUGCCAACAGUAUGCUGAAAACAUAUGUGCCGCCAGGGUGUCCAAUGCACAUGUUUGUGAAACACUAUAUGCGUCUCCAGUCCGCGAGGGACGCAGAGGAGAGUUAUGAGGAAAAGCGUAAUAAAGUGGCCGGAAUUGUAUUCAAGUGCAAUAUGUCAAUAGAGAGACAUGGCAGCAAGGUGUACACAUGUGCAAUGAUCGAGCAGCUAGGUGAGCUGCUCUACCAAGCUAACGCAUAUCGAAUUGAGGAGUUGGAUAAGGGUAGAUUGUACAGAGCCACACACACGCAGGCUGAGAUGCGCGAGAAGUGGGCAAGGGGAGUUUACGAAGUGAAGAUGCUGGAUGAUGGUCGUUUAUUUGAGUGUGAAUGUGGUCUGUUUGAACACAUGGGCAUGCCGUGCUGCCACAUGCUAAAGGUUAUGGAUGUUCUUGGUUACACUGAGAUCCCGGAGAAGUUGAUAUUGAAGAGGUGGACAAGGGAUGCAAGGGAUGUUCUUCUGUAUCAUUUGCAAGUCUACCAAAGAGGCCAUGCAAGCAGUAGGAUAAUGACACACCGGCACACAAGUCUAUACGUGCACGCAAUGGAGUUGGUCCGUCUGGGCGAUGCAUCCAUAGAAGACUAUGAGAAAGGGAUGAGAAUCAUUAGGGAUGGUAUUGCUGCUCUUGCUGGCUAUGAAUCCCAGAGGGACGGGCUAGCUUUGGAGGACAGGCCUGAAGCUCACUGUGGUGCCGGAGAAAAAUGCGAUGAUGGUGGACUUGUUGCACCCGUAGAAAGGCAGCAAAUGGAUGUUGAUACUUUCGCUGGCCUAGAUGCUCCGGAGAAGAGAAAGAAGCAAGGGCGCCCAACAAGCAGCCGCGAAAAGGCUCCGUAUGAACAGUUGAGUAAGAGGACAAGGUUCUGCAGCAUAUGUAGAGGGAGUGGGCACAAGAAAACGACAUGCCCGGAGCGCGGUGAUCACCCGAAGAAUCCCAGGAAGCAGGCAAAAUGCAGCAACUGUGGUGUAGCAGGACACAAGCAUAACACCUGCACGAAUGCAUUUGCUGUUAAGUUGCAUGCGGGUGGUGUUUAAUUGCGAUGCCCUCUGACAGUUUUUUCCAUAGGUUAUUUUAGAACGUUUUAUGUUUGUAGAGUGAAACGAUGUGUGACUAGAUGAGCUUAAUUCCCACCGUAUUGUUGUUGACCAUUAUGUAUUCCGAAGCAAACAGUUGCAAAGGAGGCACGGAAGAUUUGGAACUGCGUGAGCGAAUGGAAGGGCUCUGUGAGAUACGUACACUGCUUGGCCAUUAUGUGUUUUUUUCUUUUUCCGUUUACUCUGUGGCUGCGACUUAAGGGUUUGAAUUUUGAAUUUUGAACUACUGGACAGAGCUGUUGCGCUAGGUUGGUUCAGAUAGGUGGGGCACUAAACAGGGGAGGCUCUUUGCCUUUAAAUAUGGUCCAGCCGCAUAGCGUGCUCCCGAGUACAGUUCACACGCCAAAUACUCAAAAAAGCUCGAGGUACCAAGCUAGACAUCCGGGGGAGACAGAAGAUAAUGGUGCCGUCCAUCAGUUGGCCGAGCUCCGGCAUCCUCACCGAGGGGUUUGUCUGGAGCCUCGACAGUGACCUGUUUGCACAGUGGCUGGGCUUGUCUAACGGCGGCGUGCAGUGCAUCGCGGGAGGCGGCAGCUCGGUUGAUGGUCAAGAUGGUCAGAGCAUGGGCAAGGUGAACCAGGGGGCGGAUCAGGCGGCUGAUGAUCUCGUGGAGGUUGAAGCUGCCCCUGCAGAUGUUCUUCCAGAAAACCAGGACGGAGCAGCCGUGGUGGAGAACCAGGCGGUAGAUUUCGGGCUGGAGGUGGUGGCGGAGCAUGACCUGGACGCGAAGGGAGAGGAUGGAUUGGUGGAGUCGGCAGAGCUUGAGGAGUUCGAUGAGUCAGUGAUGUUUUGGAGUGGUGAGGAGGAGUCUGAGGAUGAAGAUGAGGUGUGCUCCUCCGCGCAGAAGCGUCCUCAUCUGAACUAGUUUCAAGAAAGACGACAUAAUCUGAUAAUUGAUCGGUCGAAAGUAGUUUAGAAUCGUAGAAGUUAGCAUGUGUUUAGCACUUGCUAGUUGUUGACUUACUGUCAACUGUUUGGGUGUCGUCCGGUAUUUUGGAUGUGGCAACACAUGGUUGUAAUAUCUUAUCGAUCGGUCCCAUGUUUGGAAAAGUCGCUCACUUUCCAUGAUGGCGAUAGAAAAGCACUCAUUACAAAUGAGAGUCUAUAUGAUUCGA